GUAUUUUUCCAAUCAAUCCCUCAACACAUGGCUUCCCACAUGAUGCUAAACCUCUUGGCUUGCCACAACUCACUCGCAGACUGCUACCUGUCUGGCAUUUGAAUACCCUCCCUGAGUGCAGCGGCUUUGAAGAGGCAGAAGACCCGUAAAAACGGCGGCAUUCGGUCUCAGAAGCACGGAGUGACAAUCUAUUUUGCGUGCACGUCUUCCAUCCACGCGCAAGAAUCUCGAGUCCAGGCGCGCUUGUAUUGGUUGGCAUGUGGUUGGCAUCUCAGCGAUAUGGUUGUCCCAUCCGGAAUUCCCAGCGUUCGGAAUGCUUAUAACUGACGGCGGCGGGCGCAGCUUGGCUAUCUAGGAUCUCUCAGGCUUUUCAGCAGGGACAUCAGGAUGGCGACGUUGAACGGCUCUGCGUCCUUGCGACACCACACGCUCGAGGAACUUGAUGAGAUCUAUGCAAGGCUGCGGAAGACGUUCCAGGCAGGGACGACUCGACCUCUAGCCUAUCGCCGCCGGCAGCUUCUGCAGCUCGCCCGUCUCGUUCAGGACAAUGUGCCUGCACUGCAGGACGCGGUCUUCGAGGACCUCGCCAAGCCGAGGCAGGAAACGAUGGUAUCUGAGCUCGGUUCGGUCAUCGCGCAGUGCCUGUACGCCGCGGAGCACCUCGAAGAGUGGGCGAAACCAGAGGAGGUCCAGGGAGAGGCCUGGCGCAGUCAUUGGAACCCGACUACGUACAAGGCGCCGAAGGGCGUGGUGCUUAUCAUUGGACCUUGGAACUACCCGUAUAUCCUCACGCUCGGCCCUCUGGUCGGUGCACUCGCCGCCGGGUGUCCUUGCGUGGUGAAAGGAUCGGAGCUUGCGCCAACGGUCGCACAAUUGCUCGCCGAUCUCUUUCCCCAGUAUCUCGACCCAAACGCCUACGUCUUCGUGAACGGAGCCAUCCCGGAGACGACCCACCUGCUCAGUUCGAGAUGGGACCACAUACUGUUUACCGGCAGUGGCAAGACCGGGCGCAUCGUUGCCGCAGCCGCCGCGAAGUACGCCACUCCUGUGACGCUGGAGCUCGGGGGCAAGUCGCCCGUGGUCAUCGCUGAAGAUGCCGAUCUUGAACUGGCCGCGAAGCGUGUCCUUUGGGGCAAGUUGCAGAACUCUGGACAGCUAUGCGUCUCUCCAGACCACGUCUACGUUCCUCGAUCCAAACAAGAUGCGUUCAUCGCAGCGCUCCUCAAGAUGUACAACAUAUUCUGGCCCAAUGGACCUUUUCACAAAGACGCACAGUGGGGCAAGAUCGUCAACCCCACACACCACGCGCGCCUCAAGUCGCUCUUGGAGCGCACGAAGGGCGAUAUCGUGAUUGGCGGGUACUACGACGGCGAUCGGAGGAUCGCCCCGACCAUCGUCAACAACGUCACGCUAGACGAUGCGCUGAUGGAGGACGAACUCUUUGGACCAAUUUUGCCCAUCAUUGUGGUGGAAGACCUGGAUGGGGCGAUUCGGUUGAUAAAUGGACAACCAACGCCUUUGACACUAUAUACCUUUACGAACAGUAAGGACACGGAAGAGAAGCUUCUGGAAAGCACGAGGAGCGGUGCUCUUGUCAUCAACGACACCGUCAGUCAUCUAGCUGUCUACGAGAUGCCGUUCGGUGGGCAGGGUGAUUCAGGAUAUGGCUCCUGGUACGGCAAAGCAAGCUUCGACACCUUCACGCACCUGCGCGGCUUCGUGCACAUUCCAAACGCUGGCGAGCCACACAUGGCGAACCGGUACCCUCCGUACACAGACGCGAAGUACGAAGCGAUGUCGGGCGGCGUUCAUGUGAAGAUUCCAGACAAUUGAAGGAAAGGGGAGUUGCUCGAGAUAGCCUCCAUUGCUUGUCCGUGUAUGGUAUACCCGCGCAUCGAGCAGUAAGCAGUGCAGAGAGCAAGUGGCC